AUGUAUUGUUGUUUUCUUACCCUCCCCUCCAAACCUGAUUUAUCUUUCUUUAAAGAAGAUUUCAGCUGUACAAUUUUUCUGGUGUACAAGAAAGAUCUGUUCAUGAUGGCUUCAAAUGAGUUUAAGGUGAAAUGCAUUAAAUCUGGAAAUGAUCAAGUGUCAGUCAGAUACACAGAAGCUUUUAAUGCAUUAAAAGUUCAUGGAUUCAAGCCGCAGUGGGUGGAUGAAAACUCUUGUUUGGAAGUCAAGCAAAAGGAAAAACAUACAAUCUACUUGUUAGACUAUUUUGAAGGAAUUGCUUUUGAACAUCUGAAAUCUUUAGGAUCACGAAUUCUGGGCCCAAUUUGUGUUUUGACGUGUUUAGAAUUAAAAGUGGAAAUUCCUCGUACCAAAGUACCCAUUCACAAUCUUGCCAUGAAGGAUACUAUAAUCAGUUGUACAAACAUUGACAAAGAACUCCGGGAAUCCAUUCAUGCUAAAGUUUUAAUGAUGGGUGGAGAAAUUAGCCGAAAUCUUACUGAACAUGUGACCCAUCUUGUAGCAGGGUCAGUUGGCAGCAGUAAAUAUCAGGUUGCAAGCAGUUUAAAGAAACCGAUAAUGCUGCCAGAAUGGGUAAAUCGAGUGUGGGAAGCAGCUCAAGAAGGUUCUGUUUAUUGCAAUGAUGAAAAAUUCCAGAAGUACCAGUGUCCAGUAUUCAAAGGACUUACAAUUACUGUGUCUGGAUUGGAUCCAGCCGAAAGGAAAGAAGUAAAAAAAUUGGCUGAAAUGGAAGGUGCUAAAUAUUCUGGAGAAAUGAAAGUCGAUGAAUGCACACAUUUGAUUGUUAAUGAACCAAAAGGACAGAAGUAUGAGUUUGCACGUAAAUGGAAAAUUUGUAUUGUCAAGCCCCAAUGGUUAUAUGAUUCCAUUGAAGUACGUUCUUGCCUAAAAGAAAGUGAAUAUAGCGUGUCUUCUGAAAUGUCAAUUAUGAUGACCCCCAACAGCUUACGACAAAUGAAAACAUCAACACCAACUAAAAAUACUAGCACAGCUGACAUGACUUUGUCAAACAUAUCAGCCAUCACACAUUUGAGUGACACUGUGUGUAACUCUGUUCUAACAUCUAACCAGACAACAUGUAAUAAUGGUUUUGAGAAAAGCAAAGCAGUCAGUGUCGACCAAAUUGAUAUAUCCCAAGUGUCAUCAGAUCCUUUUUUAGAUGGAUACAAGAUUUAUGUCAGUGGGUUCCGUGGUGCUGAUCUAGAAAAGCUGAGAAAAAUCAUUAACAUUGGUGGUGGAACAAGGUUCAAUGUAUUGAAUGAACAGGUGACUCAUGUUGUGAUUGGAGAAAUUGUAGCAGCCGAUAUUGAAUAUCUUCAAAAAGCAGCACCUCGGCCACAUAUUGUCACUGCCAAUUGGCUAAUUGAUUGUGCCAAGCAAAGCAAAAGUGUCUUGGAAAAACCUUACUAUGUGCAGAAUAUAACAUUUGAUAAUGAACCAACACCAACUCCACAAAGUGAAAAAUCAGCAAAGAAUGAUCGAUCACUGUCUUUGCAGAAAGACAUAAGCAAAGUAGCAAGUGAGUUUACUGAUAAUUUCGAUGAGGAAAUAGCCUUGAUGAGUCAGUAUCUUCCAGAGGCAAACACUAAAGCCACAGAUGAUGAGUUUAAAAGUGUGAUACCAUCCAAUUUGAACCUGGAGUCUUUCAGUACGACAAUUCAACAGGAAGAAACGAAUUCUGAAAGUACUAUAAAUCAUGGCCUUUUCUCUCAAAAGAAAUUUCUUUGCUGUAAUUUGGGUGAUGACACAUCUGCUGUAGAGAGUGUGAUUGUUGAAAAUGGAGCUCAUGAAAUUGUGACCCAGGUCUGGCUGGAAUCAUGUCUUGAACAGGCUUGUCUUCUUCCAGUUGAUAGCAACAUUUUAUUUCAACCACUUGAAAUAAAUAAAACUGCAAAACCUCUUAAAGAUUGUGUUAUAUCCUUCAGUGGAUUUGGUGGAGUUGAAAAAACAUGUUUAAUGUACCUUGGAGAUCUCCUUGGAGCCACUACACAACUGUUUUUUGUGAAAAAAGCCAGCAAAGGCAUGUUGGCCAAUACUCAUUUGGUUAGCAAAGAGGCUGGAGGUUCGAAAUAUGAGGCUGCAAUAAAAUGGAAUGUUCAUGCUGUUAAAACUGACUGGUUAUUUGCUUGUGCAAGAAGUGGUAAAUUAGAACCAGAAGCCAAAUACAAGCUAACACUGUCUGAUGAAGCCGCCUCUAGUAUUCCCACUGUCUCAGAUAAGACAACUGUCAGUCAUGAGGCUGACGUUGCUGUGUGUGCUGCCAAACCAGCAGAGAUUGCAGCGCCAUUGCAGCUUUCGACUGAUGAUUCCAAAGACAAAGAAACAUCUUUUAGAAAGAGUUUGGGAUCAGCAACUGAUGCUGAGAAUAUGCUCACAAGUGAGCGAUCAGACACUAUGCUCCAAGAAACAAAAGCCUUAUCAGAUGGUAUUGCAGAAACCAGAAUUUCUAAUGUAUCAGAGAGCCAAAAGGAAAACAUCAGUGCAGUGGCGACAACAGUCAAAAAUCAAGAACAUAUUGGUACAACACCUUUACAACAUUCAAGAGUUAAGGAGUUGCAGAAGGACAAGAGUAUGAAACUGUCACCAAGACAGAGUAACAUCCAGCAAAAUGUUGAUAAUGAAACACCGAGCAAAUUUUUGGGUGCAGGUAGAGAAUAUCGACCUGCAUUUGAACUUGAUUCAUUUACGACUGACCUUGAAUCUCAUGCUGAUGGUUUGUCUAGUAGUCGUUCCAGAAGAUCAAGCACGCCAUGGAGUGAACUGUUCAGUAAACACAUUGAAGAAGGUGUCAGGAUAAGUGCCAAUGCCAAAACAGAUGAAAUCAUCAAUUCUCAACAAGUAGAUCCAAUUAAUGAUGUAAAUAGUGAUCCUUUGAAGGACGUUGUGAUCUCAGUAGCCAGAAAACUCAGUGCUCAUCAGUCGACCUAUAAUGACAUUGCUGUUUCUCUUGGGGCUGGUUACACUUGGACUUAUGAUAAAAAAUGUACACACUUUAUAUUUCAGGGAAAACUUAAUGAUAUCAACCGAGAAUUCCGUUUAGCCAGAGAACAGGGAAAGUUUAUCGUCUCCCCUUAUUGGCUCACGAUGUGUAAAGAACAAAAUGCUAGAGUUGAUGAAACCUUAUUUCCACACACUUUUAAUCCUAACCUCAGUCUGCAAUCCAUCGUGAAUGGACCGAAGGAAACUCCCCGUCGUAGUAAACGCUCAACCAGAUCCUUUGACAGUCCAGCUGUUGGCAGAACUCCUUCUGAACUGAAAAAGAUUAAUGUUGAUAUUGAAACUCAUGACGAGGAGAUGGAUGUUGAUGUUCCGGAUGUGAACGACCAGACCAAAACUAAUAAGUUGGGCAUCCCAGAAAAUGAUGAGGAAAAUGUUAUUGAAAUGACGGAUAUUCAAGAAGCUUUGAAUAAAGAACUGGAGAACAUUAAAGCUUCAGGAUCAAAGCGUUCAAAGAAGAGGGCCAAGAAGAAUGUUAACAGUUCUGUCACAGAUAGCAGCCACACAACACCAACAUCAUUAUCAACCAGAAAAUCUGAUUCAGCUCAAUCAAAAGAUAAAAAUAAAGGUUCUGGAUCAGAGUCAUCGCAGAGUGUUCAAGUCAUGUGGGAUGAUCCAACUGAAAGAAUAGAGAUGCAAAAAGUCGCCGCACAAUUGGAAAAGGCUUGUUGCCCAACUCAGGAUGCUCUUGAUAUACACACACCAAUAAAACAAAAUAGUAAUUUGCAACAGCCUCUGGAGAAUCCUGACCUCAGUGACAGUGCCAAGAAAAAUUCUUCGAGGACAUCAACUCCUGAACAACCAUCAAUUGUAUUUCCAUUAUCAAAGAAACUGGAAACUGUGGAAGCUCCUCAGCCGAUUGAAUUACUCUCGGAUGAUGAACCACUUGAUGCUCCCUCUGCAGUGGUCGACAUGGAAAAGCCUCCAUGUUUUCUUUUGUCUGGAAUUAUGCAGAAUGAACGAGUUGAUUAUGGAGCUCUUAUAGAGGAGUUGGGUGGUAUUGUUAUGGAAGGCCAGAAUUACCAUGAUUUAUGUACACAUCUUAUUGUGGGCACACCAACAAGAAAUGAAAAAUUUCUGGCAUGUGUUGCUUCGGGAAAAUGGGUCCUGCAUAAAUCAUAUUUUGAGGAUUGUCGGAAAGCUAAGAGAUUUGUCAGGGAAGAAAAGCAUGAAUGGGGCAGUGAGUUGACGAAAAGUGUUCUUGUGGGAGCAAAUUCUCAGACAAAGAGUCUGGCUGCAGCUGCACAAAGAUGGAGAUUAAAGAUACUCGAAUUGAAAAAACAAAAUCCUAAAUGCUGUGGUGCAUUUGACAAGUGGUCUGUUGUUUUGUGUACAGACAAGAAAAAAGAAAGUAAUUUUGAACGUCUUUUGAAAGCUGGUGGUGCCAAGGUGCUGUCAGUAAGGCCGCCAUUUAAUUCUGAUAUUGAGGCAACCCAUGCUUUCUUGGAACUUAACAAGGUUCCUUUGACAACAGAAGAUUUGGAAGUCCUUUUGAAAAAUAAUAUCUUAUGUCUAAGGCCUGAUUAUAUUGCUGCAUAUUUAACCAAUGAUGCCAUUCAAACACCAGAAGAAUUCUGUCCUCCUGAAGUGGUUGCUCUCAGAGCCAGGUUGAAUUUGUCUGAUUCAAUUGUGAGAAAAAGAAAAAGCACAUUGGUCAACACUGAUGUGAAAAGAAACAGAAAUCUGUGA